AUGGAAAACAAAAGGAAUGUGACUGAAUUCAUUUUAAUGGGUCUCACACAGGACCCCAAGAUGCAGAAAAUCACAUUCGUGGUAUUUUUGAUUCUGUACGUAACAACCCUCUCGGGCAACCUGCUCAUCGUGGCUACCAUCGCCACCAGCCAGGCCCUGAGCUCCCCCAUGUACUUCUUCUUGACCCACCUUUCCUUGAUAGACACAGUUUAUUCUUCUUCUUCAGCUCCUAAGCUCAUCGCGGACUCCCUUCGUGAGAAGAAAAUCAUCUCUUUUAAUGGGUGUAUGGCUCAAGUCUAUGCAGAACACAUUUUUGGAGCUGCAGAGAUCAUCCUGCUGACAGUGAUGGCCUAUGACCGCUAUGUGGCCAUCUGCAGGCCUCUGCACUAUGCAACUAUCAUGUGCCGCCGGCUGUGCAUUCUGCUCCUGGGCGUGGCCUGGCUGGGGGGAUUUCUCCACGCGACCAUCCAGAUCCUCUUUACAGUCUGGCUGCCCUUCUGUGGCCCCAAUGUCAUAGACCACUUCAUGUGUGACCUCUACCCUUUGCUGAACCUUGUCUGCACAGACACUCACACCCUUGGUCUCUUUGUUGCUGCCAACAGUGGGUUCAUCUGCCUGUUGAACUUCCUCCUCUUGGUGGUAUCCUAUGUGAUCAUCUUGCGAUCUCUGAGGAACUAUAGCUUGGAGGGGAGGCGCAAAGCCCUCUCCACCUGUAUCUCUCACAUCACGGUGAUUGUCUUAUUCUUUCUGCCCUGCAUAUUUGUGUAUCUGCGCCCUGUGGCCAUUCUUCCCGUUGACAAAGCUGUUGCUGUCUUUUAUACCAUGGUGGUCCCUAUGUUAAAUCCUUUGAUCUACACCCUCAGAAAUGCUGAGGUAAAAAAUGCAAUAAGGAAGCUCUGGAGAUAA